AAAACCAAACCCACAGAUGAGGGACGAGAUAUUGCGGGGUUCGGGACGGGUAGUGAUGACCGCUGUCUAAAUGGGGCCAAUUUUAUAUUCAAAUCGCUCGCCUGGCUGUACACCGGCUCCCACUCCCUGUUCGCCGAAGCCAUACACUCAUUGGCCGACACCUGUAACCAACUGAUCCUGGCGUUCGGCAUACGAAAGUCGCUGCAGAGCGCCAACGCCGACCACCCCUACGGCUACCAUCCCAUGCGGUACAUCGCGUCCCUGAUCUCCGGUGUGGGCAUAUUCUGCGCGGGCACUGGACUCUCGUUCUACAACGGCAUCGACGGGCUCCUACACCCGCAGCACGUGGAGUCGCUGUACUGGACGUUCUUCAUACUGGGCGGGAGUCUCAUCUCAGAGGGCGGGACUCUACUCAUCGCACUGAACGCCGCCCGGAAGGGCGCUCAGAGAGCCGGCUGUUCUCUCAAGGAAUACGUGUAUCGCGGAUCUGAUCCCAGUGUGAACGUCGUGCUACUGGAGGACAUCGCGGCGGUGAUCGGGGUAGUGAUCGCGGGCUCCUGUAUGGGUCUGACCACGUACUUCAAUACUCACAUAUACGACGCGGCCGGUUCGCUG